GCUCUUUGCUCUGCUUUUCUCACUUGCUAAGAAUAUACACACACCUGCUUUAGCUUCUUCUCCCCUGUAUCUUCAAACACAGAAAAAGAGACAGAGAUGGAGAAUGAAUCUAUGGUGAUAGAAGAAAGAGGAAUCCCAUCCAACGGUGGGAGAUACUUGCAGUAUAACAUAUUGGGUAAUCUUUUCGAAGUCACCUCCAAGUAUGUUCCUCCCAUACAACCAGUGGGUCGUGGCGCAUAUGGCAUCGUUUGUUGUGCCAGAAAUGCUGAGACAAAAGAAGAUGUUGCCAUUAAGAAGAUUGGGAAUGCAUUUGACAACGGGAUAGAUGCUAAGAGAACACUUCGAGAGAUCAAACUCCUUUGCCAUAUGGAUCAUGAGAAUAUUAUAAAAAUCAAGGAUAUAAUACCACCACCAGAGAGGGAAACAUUCAAUGAUGUGUAUGUCGUAUAUGAAUUGAUGGAUACUGAUCUCCAUCAGAUAAUACAGUCUAGCCAGGCCCUGACUGAUGAUCACUGUCAGUAUUUCUUGUAUCAAUUGUUGCGGGGACUGAAGUACAUACACUCUGCAAAUGUUUUGCACCGCGAUCUGAAACCAAGCAACCUUCUUCUGAAUGCAAAUUGUGAUCUUAAGAUUUGUGACUUUGGGCUUGCAAGAACCACCUCGGAGACAGAUUUCAUGACUGAAUAUGUAGUAACCAGAUGGUAUCGAGCCCCAGAAUUGCUGCUUAACUGUUCAGAAUACACUGCAGCUAUUGAUAUUUGGUCAGUUGGCUGCAUUUUCAUGGAAAUUAUUAGAAGGGAGCCUCUUUUCCCUGGCAAAGACUAUGUUCAGCAAUUGGGGCUUAUAACUGAGUUGCUAGGUUCACCAGAUGAUUCAGAUCUUGGAUUCCUUCGAAGUGAUAAUGCUCGGAGAUAUGUCAAGCAGCUUCCACGUGUCCCCAAGAGACCUUUUGCACAGAAGUUUCCAGAUGUGUCAGCAGUGGCUCUUGAUCUUGCAGAGAGAAUGCUAGUGUUUGAUCCAUGCAAACGCAUAACUGUUGAGGAGGCAUUGAAUCAUCCAUAUUUAUCAAGUCUUCAUGAAAUCAACGAAGAGCCUACUUGCCCAUCUCCUUUUAUUUUUGAUUUUGAGCAAAUUUCGUUAAAUGAAGAAGAUAUAAAGGAGCUCAUAUGGGCAGAGUCUAUGAACUUCAACCCAGAUGUCAUGCUUGAGUAAUAUCACCAACAUUUAUAUAAUUUUUUGCCCAUUGUUUGGUUGAUUGGUAUCCAUAUCAGAAGUGUGAUGAAAUUCUCUGUAGCCAGAGAAAUUAGGGAGAUAGGUUCUCCCUUCCCAUAUUGUCAGGGUAGAAUGGCAGUUUGUGCAUGGUUUUAAUAUUGAGGAUUCUUGGAUUCAGUCUUUUGGAGAAUCCAGCACCCAAUAAUUUUGGUAUGCAUCAACAAGGCUAUAUAUUCACCUAGCCUCUAUAUGUUUUUGGCUGUGGUUGGUUUGUAUAUUGUAUACUAAAUUCUAUCAAACAUGGAAGAAAAAUGAAAAGAAAGGAAACUGUUCUGAAGUAA